UCCAUAUUGUAACCUCUCUGAUAGGAUCACGUUGUUGUCAAUAACGUAGCUCCUCCUGGAGACUAAUGACAGCAUCUUUUUGAUAACAAUGUUCAGGGCAAAGAUGGCGACCAGAGUCCUUCAAAGAGUUACCAAUGGCCUUAAACAGACUAAAGACGGACUUAUGACGAACGGACGAGUCAUCGUCUCUGCGAGGAGCUUUUCAGGUUUUUCUCAAGACUGGUUGAAGUCUCUGUUUGUAAGAAAGGUUGAUCCAAGAAAGGAUGCUCAUUCUCAUCUGCUUGCCAAGAAAGAGGACAACAAUCUAUACAAAAUACAGUUUCAUAAUGUCAAGCCUGAAUGCCUGGAUGAUUACAAUGAACUUUGUGAAGACGUCUUGCCUUCCAUACAUGCCAAUCCUGAUUACCCUUGUGAGCUUGUAGGCACUUGGAACACAUGGUAUGGAGAGCAAGAUCAAGCAGUUCACCUGUGGAGAUAUCGGGGAGGAUACCCAGCUCUAACCGAAGUCAUGAACAAACUCAGGCAGAAUAAGGAAUUCAUGGACUACAGGACAGAGAGAGGAAAGAUGCUGCUGUCUCGAAGGAACCAGUUGCUGCUGGAGUUCAGUUUUUGGAAUGAACCUGUUCCUCGUUCAGGACCUAACAUCUAUGAGCUGCGGUCAUACCAACUCAGGCCUGGAACAAUGAUUGAAUGGGGAAACUACUGGGCACGUGCCAUUGAAAUACGCCAGCAGAACCAUGAGGCAGUCGGAGGCUUCUUCUCACAGAUAGGAAGUCUGUAUACAGUACAUCACUUAUGGGCUUACAAAGAUCUUCAGUCCAGGGAAGACACCAGAAAUGCAGCGUGGCAACGUGAAGGCUGGGAUGAAGUUGUUUAUUACACAGUCCCUCUAAUUCAACACAUGGAAUCCAGAAUAAUGAUCCCCAUGAAAACAUCACCUUUAAAGUAACCCAAUUCAGGGGUAUAACUGCCCAGCAGCCCAUGCAAUGAUAAUAGAGCUCUGUAGAAGGUCGAACCAGCACUGCCAGUGACCUGGACAUAAAGUCAACAACGGUUUAUUCUCUGUGUUUCUUUUUUUUUUUUUUUUCCUUUGGCUUGAGCUUGAAUUGAUUUCAGCUGUAAGUGUGUCUGUUACCAAACUAACUAUGUUACUGCCAAGAUGACGUGUGUGCAGGUUGUUUUUCUAAUGUUGAAAUUCUAGACACACAUAGUGGGCUUAUUAACCCAGACAGAUAAAGUUCUGUAACGUCUGUAGGUCAUCGUAACUGAUUGUAAAGAUUGCACAGAAAAGCGCAAUAUCCCUGGGUGGUAAAAAUGAAUGGCAGUGUUUCAGUAAAAUUAGUUGUAAAUAUUGGAUUAAACUUCAGAUAAUUGUACUAA